CGUGGGGUCGAUGGACUCAUCAUCGCCCUUUGGCCGGGGGACGUACCCGCCGCAGUCGCAACCUCGCGGCACGCAGCCGUCCAUAGGUGGAAUUGCCUUCCAUUCUCCGCAACCACUCGCUGGAAGGGGGGGAUCUUCAAGGACGGACGCGGGGGUGUGGGGGAGUAAUCCGCAGCAGUCUCGCAACCGUCAUCACACCGGCCGCAAUGUAUGCCGCCUUUAGGGCAGCCUGUUGUCAGCCGUGGCGUUGUGGGUGGUGGCGAGACCUUUAUGAAUGGCAGGUCAUCUCCGGUUGAUCAGGGCUACCGGCAACAAACUCCAAUGGGGCCGGGUACCAUUCGGUACGACGAUGGAGGUGCAACUGCCCCUACGCCAGGUGAAGACCGCAUGAAGGAGGACGGGUAUGCACGCACAGGAGAGGAUUGCUCAAAGAAAUGGACGGAGCUGCAGAAAAAGGUUCGGGAAAUAAGGGAUGCAUGCGACGGAUCGGGCAAACAGCCAUACUGGGAUCUAACAACGGAGGAGAGAAAGAAAUUGAACAUCCCCAUGACUUUCGAUCGGCCCUUGUGGGAUGUGAUGGAGUGGUACCGCCUCAAGGCUGCUUUCACCAUGGACAACACAAUGGCAUCUGAGGAGUUGAGAGGGAUGGGUUCUGCAACUGCUAGCGAGGCGGGGUCAGAGGGCGGGGGAACAAAGACUUCAGGUGGCGCACCGAAGACUCGGAGGACGAACUCCGGGAAAGUUCGUGGUUCCGAUGUCGGGCAAGGUGUGUCGGCGAUGGCGGCGGCUAUGGAGGACACGAGCCGAAGACUGUGCGAAGGUCUGGACACGGCUGCUGGGACGUUGGCUUCGGCUACCACAGAAGAGGCCGCUUUGAUGGCGGCACGGCUGGGCGACAUGGCAACGAAGAUCGGCCACGUCGCGGGGGCAAUGCGGCAGGGGAACUCCGUUUUGGAGUUGCUCGUGGGUGUGAUGGCAGGUAGACGUGGCGGAUCACCUGCCGGGGAACAAGGGGGGGGGGGGGGGGGGGACAUGAGCGGUGACAAGGAGCGGCGAAAUCAUGGCCAGGCAAGCGAGCGCGACAGGUGGUUCAGCCGCCCUUUGGAUGCGUUCGGCCGCGAAAUAACGAAGAAAUCGUACCGUUUCUACGGCGUCGACGUCAAUGAAAGAGCUGCCGUGGACAUUGAUGCUGCCCUCGGUUUUCAGAGGCGGUCAUUGUCACAUGUGCUCCUAUGGGUGAAGAAGACGGGGGAUUUCAUCCCCGACGAGCAUACGUCGAUGCCUGACAUCGUCGGAGAUAUCGUUGAGAGGUUUUUGGACAACCUCGCGUCCGAGCACGCUUCGAGUUUGGAUAUGGGGGCCUUUUACUACACUUUCUUCGACCCCCCUCUUCUCCCCCGUCAUUAUCUGCAUGGGGAGAUAAGGCUUUGAAUCAGCGCAUGGUGAUUCCUCCAUCGCUAGCUUGAAACGU